GCUUAAAGCGAAUGGCAUUAUUUGUCAAACAUGGAACUGUAUUUUGAAAAUUUAUAGCAACGUAUUUUCCUAGUUUUGAUGCCAUUUUUAAGAAAGCUGGUCAGAAAAGAAUUUUGCUUUUGCAUCUCGCUGACUUCUGGAUGCAUCAUAAUUUCAUUCUACACCUUGUUUUUCGGAUUCCUUAACGCAGGAACCACUGUUGACGAGGUUAUAUACAAAAACACAUCCAAAACUGAUGUAUAUGCGAAAUGGUUUAACGUAUUUCAUAUAGCACUGAUGAUCGCGGCUGCAGUUAUCCUGCUGAUCUCUGUUAUGACGAAAUACUUAAAAAUAGUUUUCGUUUGGAUGGCCAUGUUCAUCAUUCAUAUGAUAUCUUACUACAUCAUCUUCAAUGCUUUGAUAAAUGUUCGCAAUCCGUUCUUUAAAAAGGAAGUGUCUGCAUUUUUUUAUGUCUUGGUGAAUUUAGUGACGUUGGGAAUCGAUUUCUUCUGUUUGCUCAAAGUUUACUCAUAUUAUUAUGUAAAGUCGCAUCCAGAUCAGUUUACACCAGCAUGUGUUGAUAAAUAAGAGAAUGUCUCUAAAAAUUAAAUGAAGAACAGCAAACUGGAUUUUAAGAUGAUAAAACACAAUAACAGUUCGUGGUCUUCACCAUAUGUUCUUCAAGUGAGAGGAAGUCAAAGUGUGGAUAAUGCUUUUACUGUGCUAAUAUGGCAGACUCAAUUUUCUUUAUAAUUUCAUUAGCAUCUUGAUGAGAACUGAAAACGAUUCCACGCGUGCCUGACAAACACGACACACACAUCAAGCUGGAAAUUCUAGGCUAAUGCUAAUGAGGCCAUAAUACAAAUUCCUGAAAUUGUAAUUAUGCAAAAAAGUUAAUACUUCCCACGCCACAAUCAAGCAGAUAUGGCGAAAAAUGAGAAGGUAAUUUCGUUUAAAUUUGGCGCCAACAUAUGGGCGAGCUACACAAAAAUAUUUACUUAAAAGUUCAGCAAUGUAAAUAAAUUACCUAUACGACUUGCGGUUCAUAAAA